AUGCUGCCGCAAGAACCGUUGCAGGCCGUCCUGCCGCCAACGACACUCGCGCGAUCGUAUCUUCCCGUCCACUCUGCCUUCUCUGCGACAGCUACUGGGCUCGCCGAGGCGGCGCAUGCCCUUCACAUAUCGACUGGCGACGCCCCACGGAUAGCGCGCUACAACAACGACAAUAACAAUGGUUUGGGUUCUACUGCAAAGGGCAUCAUGAUCGGCGUGUUCUCGGUACUCGGCACUGCAGGCUUCUGCUUCCUCGUCUUCGCCAUCAUUUGCUACUUCCGCUACACGCAGCAAGGCCGCGUGUUCCUGGACCGAAUCACACGCCCUGGAGAGUAUGAUGAUGAGCAGCAAUUCGCUAAAGAGGAGGCCGAGGCCCUGGAAGAGAUGGACGACCUGCAGAGAGCCGAGUACCUACGAGCGAAAGCCUUUGUACAAGUCAACCCUCCCGAGUCCGUCCACACCGAUAUCUCUCUAUCGCAGUUCCUCGCCAUUCAAGAGAAGGGCGUGUCAGCAUGGGAGUUCGAGCCAGAACUAGAGAUCGCAAAUUGCUUCGUCGAAGGCCGAACCGAGAUCGAGUUCUUCGACUCCGAGUGCAGCGUUCAGAGCAACCUACCGAUACCCAAGCAGAACGAGGUUUACUACUGGGAAGCCAAGAUUUACGAGAAGCCGGAGAACACAAGCAUUGCAAUUGGUGUCACGACCAAGCCAUAUCCCCUGUUCAGACUGCCAGGCUAUCACAAGUCUUCCAUCUCGUACGGAUCGAACGGCAACCGACGCUUCAACCAGCCCUUUACACCUUCCGCUUACGGACCCGCAUAUGUCCAGGGCGAUGUUAUCGGAGUUGGAUACAGACCCCGCACUGGAACCAUCUUCUUUACCCGCAAUGGCAAGAAAUUGGAUGAUGUUGCGCACGGUCUCAAGGCGCAGAACUUCUUCCCCACGGUCGGCGCUCAAGGACCAUGCCAGGUCCAUGUCAACCUUGGGCAGAUGGGCUUUGUCUUUAUCGAGGCCAACGUAAAGAAAUGGGGUCUGGCCCCUCAGACUGGCAGCUUGGCUCCUCCUCCACCGUACGGCAGCGAACAAGGAUCGAUUCUUUUGGAUUCUGGGCGCGAAGGCAUCAGGGAAGGCAUGGCUGGCAACUACAUCUCUGCGGGCUAUGCACACGCAAGAUCUAGCAGCCAGCAAGUGCGUCUUGGACGUAAUCAACCCACAAGCCCUGGCCCUCAAUGCAGCCCCACUGACAUCUCCCUGGCAGCUUUUAGCCUCGUGGACUCUAACGAAGACAUUGGCGAGGGGACCAGUGCAGAGGCCAGCAAUGCACACGAUGUAGCCCGUGAGACCGCACGUGGACCCGGAUUCCUGCAGCCUGGAGAGCUCCCACCUGAAUAUACGAGCCCUGUUGGAUCACCGAACCUUGAAGCUGGCCGACACAUGCGGGACUACUGGGAAGAAAGAGGAGAUCAGCACGAGCAAGCUCUUCUUCUGCGAGAUGACCAACAAGUCGAACGGCCUCUGCCAAGCUACGAUACCGCGGUGAACGACACACCGCAACUCCGACAGCCUACGAUACGUGUACGAAGCGCCACCGAGACUUCUCGCACACCUCGAGGAGGUCGCCGAUGA